CCUACUUCAACAUCACUGACUCUUCAGCAGUGGAGAAACACAGUCUCAGAAAACUUUUACAUAUUCAUUAGCUGAAGAAACAGUCAGGAGCUGCUCUUAUUGUGAUUCAGUGUUCAGAUCAUGUCAUCCCAUGUUCCUGAGGACAGAAAACUGGAAACCCUCUUUACAUGUCUUUAUUAUUAUUAUUAUUUAUUUAUCUCUUCUAGACUUUCUGGCUGUAAUCUCUCAGAUCAGUGCUGUGAAAUAGUGUCAUCAGCUCUACAAUCCUCAAACUGUGUCCUAAGAGAACUGGAUCUGAGUAACAAUGACCUGCAGGACUCUGGUGUGAAGAUUAUUUCUGAUGGACUGAAGAGUCUGAACUGUCAGCUGCAGAUACUGAGUCUUGCUGGCUGUAAUUUCACUGCUCAGUGUUGUGAGAGUUUGUCAUCAGCUCUACAAUCCUCAAACUGUGUCCUGAGAAAACUGGAUCUGAGUAACAAUGACCUGCAGGACUCUGGUGUGAAGUUUAUUUCUGAUGGACUGAAGAGUCCAAACUGUCAGCUGCAGAUACUGAGGUUGUCUGGCUGUAUGGUGACAGAGGAAGGCUGUGGUUAUUUGUCUUCAGCUCUGAGUUCAAACCCCUCACACCUGAGAGAGCUGGAUCUGAGCUACAAUCACCCAGGACAAUCAGGAGUGCAGCUGCUCAAACACAAACUGGAGGAUCCAAACUAUAAACUGGAGAAACUCAAUGUGGAUCAUGGAGGAGAGAACAUGAUGACAGCAGGACUACGAAAGUAUGCCUGUGAUCUCACACUGGAUCCAAACACAGCAAACGCUCGACUCGUUCUGUCUGAUGACAACAGGAAGAUCACAGGUGUGAAAAAUCAUCAGUCGUAUCCUGAUCAUCCAGAGAGAUUUGAUAAUGAUCCUCAGGUUCUGUGUGUUGAGAGUCUGACUGGACGCUGUUACUGGGAGACUGAAUGGAGCGGAAAUAAGGCUGAUAUAUCAGUGUCAUAUAAAGGAAUCAACAGGAAUGGAGGUUGGAGAGACUCUAUGUUUGGAUCCAAUGACAAAUCCUGGAGUCUGUACUGCUCUGAUCACAGAUUCACUGUCUGGCACAAUUAUAAUAAAACUGAAAUACCUGCUGUCCGUUCAUCCUCUAAUAGAGUAGGAGUGUAUGUGGACGUGUCGUCCGGCUCUCUGUCCUUCUACAGC